UCUCUCAUUAAAUACAAUCGUUCCAUAUUGUUAUGAAAUCAGAAAACUUAAAUAAAAAAACAAGGUCGAGCGAGAUGAUGCAUUACGAUCGAUAUAUACAUAUAUAUACGUAUAAUUCGCAAGAGAUUUUGCAACUCGAGCUCGAACUGCGGGUGAAUGGCGGUAAAAGCGCGAUCUAUUGGCAGAAUGUAUAGGUACACACACAUACACACAUAUAUAGAGAAUACAGUCGACCGGACGGCAAAAAAAUCUGACAGAAAGGAAACAAGUAGUGGAUGAAUAAAAAUGCCCGCGCGUGUAAAUGAAAGUAAGUGAGUAGGCGACUCCGCGGCGCUCCAGCUGUCAACGAUCAGCUGUCACCUGUCACUUUCGGGCGUUGCCUCGCGAAACCGUCGCGUUUCGCUUUCGAACACGAUGGAGGAUAACAGCGCGAGGUUAGCUACCGACAACGGACACGAGGUGGUGAAGGCUUUGUACGACUUCAAGGCCACGUUUGCCAAGACUCUCAGCUUCCGGGUGGGCGAGCAUUUCCUUUUGCUGCAGCGAAACGUCAAGCAGAAGAAUUGGUGGCAAGUUGUAAACAGAGGGGGCCGUCUGGGAUACAUACCAUCGAAUUAUGUUACCAUUGUGAAGGCGCAGCCUCAGUUCUUGAUCGACUUCUUGGAGGACUGUAUAAUAACUCUGGAGACGGAAAACCAAGGUGACUCGCUGCAUCCAGACAAGCAGGACCUGUUAGCGCAGUUAAUAGAGAAGAAGAAACAAAUUGAAGUAGGUAAAAAAUCCAAGAGACAAGCGCCUAAACCACCAGAUUUAGAGGGCAUCAUAUCUGGAGAAGCAGAUUCAGCGGCUGUCUGCGACAAUACAGAAGCGGACGUGAAAUCAGCGCCGAGCAAUACUUCUUACGCGACAGCACGGACGACGAUUCAUGCGAACGCGGAAGCCGUUCAGACGAUUAAUCAGCGAGCGGUGAAGGAGAGCGAGCGCGUGCCACCGCUUCCGCGUCAAUCGUCCUCGGACACCGUGCAAAAAGUUCAGACCCAGAUCACGGAUGUUCGCAAGAGCUCGUCCCACGGUAGCGUGCAAACCAUAUGCAGCGGCUCGCCGAAUAGAUGCAACUCGUCGACCAAGAACGGCUCGCCCAAAAGCAACUCGUCGUUGCAAGCCAUCAAUUCGCGGAGCGCCUAUCAACUGCUCGACCAAGUGCGCAAGAACACUCAGCUCAGCCACGACAUGUCGAAAGUUGCGGUCACAGUCGUGGUGUCCGGCCUGCAACAGUUGCUGCCAGAGACUGUAGGUCACUAUCUGGAUGCUCUGUUGCAUCAGCUGCAAACACCAUUGACCGUGUCGAAAAUGAGCAUAGAGGAGACUUACGAUGCCAAUAGGUUGAGAAUUAUCUUCAGGGAAUUGACUUCGUGCAAGGAAGACUCGCAGCAGAGGAGCUGGAUGCUUUAUGAAGAUGAGUCCAUCAUUGUGGAGUAUAUCAAGGAACUGACCGAAAUAUUAACUAAUGCUGAUUCAAAUGUAUCGAGAUAUGUUUUGAGGCAAGAUCGAUACAACGGAGUAACAAUAUUGAUACAGUAUUAUCAAAUGGAAACAAGAUGGACUAUCAGGCAAUUGUUGUUGCAAUCGUUUGGUGUAAUGUGUAGUUUGGAUUCAGUGGUCCUAACUAUAAUGUUAAAUAGUAUUUUACCAAUGGAAUUAGCGAGAGACAUGAGGAGUAAUCCCAGAAAUGUAGUAAGAUUAAAUUACUCAUCUCUGCUACUUACAAUGAUUUUUUCAAUGGGCGAACCCAUGCCAGUUACACAUUUAGAACAACUUGGUUCAGACUUUAUAUCGUUCCUCCUGGACUUGAUCGAAACACCACCUGAUACAGAUUUAGAGGAUCAGAUUCCGGACCUGUUCAUAAAUUUAAUACUGUCCUACAAUCUUCAAUUUACAACUUCUGAGAAUAUGGUUCUAAAUGCCUUACGUGAACGGACUGUGGCCAAGACUUUCACUGAAAAAAUUUUGUUUCUUUUUAAUAGAGAAGAGGAUCCGAUACGAGUAUUUGAUCAUGAACCUCAACCGCCGCAUUCUGUAUUGAAACUAUUCAUCGACUUAUUCAAUAACGAUGCCAUAGCGAGUCUCUUUUAUACCAACGACGUGAAGGUUCUCGUCGACAUCAUUCUUCGGCAACUCUUCGACAUGUUCCCGGGUGAUAAGCGCAGACAAUAUUUGGAACUCUGUCGUCGAGUUCUACGUACCUCGAGCUAUAACGAGCACCGUCAUCGAUCUGAAGAUUUGUUAAAAUGUUUCACAAGAAUAUUUUGCGAAGAAACAGCAGAGAGUAAAGAAGACCAGCAAGUAGUACGCGAAAUUAGCAACGAAUUUCCACAUUUAUUCAAGAUGUGACAUUUAAUUUCAUCCUCUGAACAAGAUUUAGAGGAGGAUGACUUGCAAACUCUUGUCUAAGUAUAGAUCUGAGAACUAAUUAAAAGAAAAGACAAAAUCAAA